AUUUUGUUUGCUUGCUUCGAGUGGAUGGUACGUUCUGCGCAUCGCGAUUUUUAACGGCUCGUGUUUUAUUGCAAUGCGAUUGUGGAUUUACGUUGUCAGUUUCUAAUAAUGUUGCAUUUUCAAUAGGUCAGUUGUGUUCUUGUAAAAGGUAUAUAAUGUACUUCGUGCAAAUCGAGAAACCACUUAUCUAACUACUGUAUGGUUUGGCAGUGUAUAAAUGUGUGCGUGUGUGUGUAAAAUUGCAAUGCGUAUCGAAUUUUCUUGUUUUCCCAAUAAAUAAUUGCAAGUAGUAGAAGGAAACAGCUUGUUCAUGUAGUGAACCUAUAAUUGCGUGGAUAUACGGAUACUUUCUAUUUCUAUAAGACUCAAAGUGAUCCGAAGAUGACGCAGAGCGGCAGCACAGAAUUCGCCAAGACGGCAGCGGCUGGAGGAGCUGGGGAUGUUUAUGGUGGUGCUGCCGGCGCCGCUGCCAGCUCCUCGUCGGACGUGUUGCUAAACAACUUUCAGCUGAAGAAGAAGAGCUAUCGAGUGCUGCUCCAUGGCCAGCAUCUGGUGUGGGAACGCAUGCAGCGCCAAUCCGUCAAGCGCCCAAACGAAACACAGAAAGUGCCGCUGCCCGAGCAGCAGCUGACGGCUGGCGCUGAGAGCAGCUAUGGCGCCCAUAGCCAUAUUCUGCACAUGGACGACAUCAUCAGCAUUUGUACGGGCAACAGCAAACACGAGAGCCUGCAGCCGCCGCCCUCCAAUCGAGAUCAGCAGCAGGCGGAUGGCGACACAAAGCCUACGGCACAGUUUCUGACCAUCAACUAUGCGGAGCGCCUGAGCAAAUCCAAGACCGAUUGCAACCGCUGGCAGCUACGCCGGAUUACCUUCUACAAUGCGGAUGCGUACAUUGUGCGCCAGUGGCAGCUGCAGCUUCAGGCUCGUGUUGCGUCCUCGCCAACUGGUGGCCAGCGGGUGCAGCGCCUGUUGGUGUUCAUCAAUCCAUUUGGGGGGCGCAAGGCUGGCGCCCAGACCUAUGAGCGUUUCGUGCGUCCGCUCUUUCAGCUGGCGGGCAUCGAUGCCACCUGCAUAACGACGCAGCGCGCCAAUCAAAUCCGGGACAUACUGCUCACCCAUGAUCUGAGCUGCUAUGAGGCUGUCUGCUGCGUGGGAGGCGACGGCACCGUUGCAGAGGUCAUCAACGGCCUGGUCUUUCGUCGCAUGCGGGAGUUGGGCCUGGACGAACAGCGUCCAGCCUAUAUACCACGACCCACUUUGCCAGUGGCCGUGAUACCCGCUGGCAGCACGGACACCAUUGUCUACAGCAUGCACGGCACCGCGGACGUGCGCACUGCGGCCAUUCAUGUGGUACUGGGCCAGAGGCGUGGCCUCGAUGUCUGCAGCGUGAGCAACAAUCGCACGCUGCUGCGCUUCUGCGCCAGCGUCCUGAGCUAUGGCUAUCUGGGCGAUGUGGCGGCCGAAAGUGAGCAGUAUCGCUGGAUGGGCACGAGACGGUAUGAGUACAGUGGCGUCAAGGCCUUCUUCAGCAAUCGCGGCUACGACGCGGAGCUGCAGCUGCUCGAGGAGCCCACAGAGCCGGAAACGCCGCAAAGUCCGGCCAGUGUUUACACCGAGCCGCCGUCUGUGUGCUAUGCCAAUUGCCAGCGUUGCAGCAUUGCCAGCUCGCUGCAGGAGCAGCGUUCUACCUUGUUUGCUGCGAAUGCUGAUGAGAGUCGAGAGGAGUUGCAGCCACAGCAGGCAGAGCAGCAAAAAAAGUCGGCGGAGCAGCAGGCGCAACCAAACGAUGAUGCAACCGUUGCCGUAAAUUGCGAGUCGCAGCUGAAUGAAAUCGAAACGGCGUUGUACCGGUCUCAGUUGUUGCGUCCGACUAGCUUGCCACUGCAGCCAGGCGGCUCAUAUGGCUCCAAUAUGAGCCUGCCCAGCGGCCUGCAGUUGAAGACCAUACGUGGCAAUUUCUUUCUGAUCUGCGGCGCCAACAUCACGUGCGCCUGUGCACGGAGUCCCAAUGGCAUAUCGCGCUAUAGUCAUUUGGGGGACGGCUGCUUGGACCUGAUUCUUGUGCGCAAAACUUCGUUUCUCAACAAUGUGCGGUUCCUGUUGAAUACGGCGGGACGAGCCGGCGAUAUUCGUAAUUUGCCUUUUGUUGAGGUUUACCGGACACGUAAGUUCAUCUUUCGAACACUAACAACGCCCGCAACAGAGGAGAACUUGAGCUUGGCGGGCUCUCGCCAGCCAAUUGCUCAGAACGGCAGUGAUGGGGUCAGCUCGGAGUACUCCAGCUGGAAUUGCGAUGGAGAAGUUGUUACCGAUCUAGAUAUAACAAUGAGCUCCCAUUGUCAGCUCAUAGAUGUUUUCAUGCGUGGUCCACAUUCCUAUAGUAAGCCACAAAAGCCAGGUGUUAGUGUGCCCACAACUCCAGUCAGCUCAAGUGAUAAUAUUUAUUGUUGCUGCAAGGAUUAGCACUUAAUUGGGAAAGCUUUAAUUAAUAAGAUAUUGAACAUUGGCCGUGACUGUAGAUUGUAAUGAUAUAGAGUACUUUACUGUUGAAAAUUCUGAAAAUUAUGUAUAUAUAAAAAUGUUUUUAGUGGUUAGCAAGCUGAACUCUGUACUUGAUAUUCUAUUCAUCUGUAUUAUGCGAUCUGUAAGAUGCAAGCAAAAUUAAGAAACAUUCCCCUGAAAGGUGUGCAUUAA